AUGGCAACUAGACCUCCAACAUUAACUGAGAUUUUGCUCGACGUCUCCCCACCCCCCUGGACUUUGAGCGCUUUCAUGGCAUAUCUGUCACAAAACCAUUGCAUGGAAACGCUGGAGUUCACUCUCGACUCACAGCGAUAUGCUGCGUUCUACGACCAACUUGCCGCAGAAAACCCUCCAUCUCAGGAAAGCAAUGCACGUGUGUGCGGUUUGUGGGACAAACUCAUGGAGGUGUAUAUUGUUCCCUGUGCACCUAGGGAGGUGAAUAUUCCGGCCCGCGUCAGAGAUCGUCUCCUUAGUCUGCCUAGCGGUCCGGCUGCUCCGCAUCCCGCAGAAUUGGAAGAGGCUGGUCGAAUCAUUUACGAACUUAUGAAUGACUCCCUUUUGGUUCCGUUCUUGCAGUCUGUCGCCCCUCUUCAUUUCAUGGGCCAGAAUGACGACAGUAGCCAACACCACCAACGCCGCCGGUCUCAAAACACCGCCCAACAUUCAGAUCAACCCCGACGUUCAGUAGCUUCUCCUCAUUCAGCCGACUUCGACAGCCUUACCGAUGAUAGUGAUAGCAAUUCACCAUCUGGGCCAGAACCCAUGACCCCUCCGACUACUCCUCCAACUUCAGAGUACACGUUCAAUUCCUCUCCAGGCGGCUUUCAACGUGCCAUGGCUGCGCAUAAUAAAGGUUGGAAAAAAGUUGGCGAAAAAUUGGGAUUUAGUCGAAAAACCUCUAGUCGUCGGUCAACCCCAACAUCCUCAUCUUCUGAUUAUGACGCGGCUAUUGGGGAACCAAGUCACAGCCACCCUUGA